AUGCGAUUUGUUAUGGAACUCAUUAUUCUCAAGAAGAUGGGACUAUUCUCCAACAACAAGAUCUCCAGGGAUGAUCUGAAACCAGGAGACCACAUCUAUGCGUGGCGCAACGCUUAUAUCUAUUCCCAUCACGGGAUCUACAUAGGCGAUGGAAAAGUCAUUCAUUUCACUCGUGGAGAUGGUCCAGUAAUGAGAAAAGGUACUUUUGUAGACAAGAUCAUUGUUAGUUCAAUGACUAAUCACGGAGGUUACAAUCCUUGUCCUAACUGUGGCAAACGAUCCAAUACCCGUGGUGUAAUCUCUUCUUGUCUUGAUUGCUUUCUCGCCGGAGGAAACCUCCAUCUCUUCAAGUACAAUGUCUCUCUAGCCAUCUUCAUGUCCCAACUUCGAGGAGGUACAUGCACAAUAGCACCUUCAGACCCUUCCAAUGAAGUCAUUUCCCGUGCGAAGUUCCUCUUACUGAGAAAUGGGUUUGGUGACUACCAUCUUUUCAAGAACAACUGUGAAGAUUUUGCUAUCUAUUGUAAGACUAGUUUAGUGGUUGGCAAAAGCUAUGUGCUUGGAAGAAACGGUCAAGCCAAUACGGUGGGCUUAGCUGCUUGCGUAGCACGUAUGCUUACUCCUUUGGUCAGAAAUGUUAUUCGUCUCUUUUCCGACGUUGGUAUGCGAAAGGAUGCUAUCAAAGUGCCUGUCGAGAGCCUCGUUGCAUGGCGGAAUAAGGACGAUACAACUGUUACGAGGAAAAGAAGACUGCAACAUAAAAAUAAACAUAGUGUUUUAACUUUUUACAAACAUAUUGUAAAAUUCCGAUUCCUGAUAUGAGUAAAUUAUAUAUGUUGAAAGAUUUUAAAAUUUUAUUUGACUAUCUGUAAACUUGAGAUGAUAUUAUAAACUCUAAACUUCUGUUUUGUAUUGACCAUUAACGUGAGUAUAUAUACAAAGGCAUAAGCCGACGU